AUGGCAACACAUCAAAAUGACCACGACAUACCCAUAGCGGUGGUGGGUAUGGGCUGCCGCUUCCCAGGAGGCUCGACGAGCCCAGAGAAAUUCUGGGAUCUCUUGUCGAAAGGCCGAAGUGCCUGGUCUAAGGUUCCUGCAAAACGAUUCAACCAGGAGGCCUUCUAUCAUCCAGCAACUGAAACGCCUGGCGCGUUUAAUUCCAAAGGUGGACAUUUUUUGAAAGAAGAUAUCGCUGCGUUUGACGCACCCUUUUUUAAUAUAAGCCCUCUGGAAGCCAAGGCAAUGGAUCCCCAGCAAAGGCUACAACUCGAAACCGCCUACGAAGCACUUGAAAAUGCUGGACUACCUAUGGAUACUGUCAUCGGAAGUAACACCGCCGUUUAUGUUGGGAUCUUCAACGGCGAUUACGAGCGAAUUCUGCACAGAGAUCCCGAACGAAUGCCCUUCUACCAGGCAACUGGGACAGGUGCAGCCGUCUUAUCAAAUCGAAUAUCUUACUUUUUCGAUCUGAAAGGUCCAAGCAUGACCAUUGAUACCGGUUGUUCUGGGAGCAUGGUCGCUCUGCACCUGGCUUGCCAGAGUUUGCGUACUGGUGAAUCCAGACAAGCCAUCGUUGGUGGCUCUAAUCUUAUUCUUGAUCCUUCACAAAUGAUACCCAUGAGUUAUUUAAAAUUUUUCUCGGAUGAAGGCCGAUGCUACACGUACGACAAACGCGGGGCCGGAUAUGGUCGAGGUGAAGGUGCGGCCGCUGUUAUCCUGAAGAGAUUGGAUGAUGCACUUAGAGACGGCGAUCCGAUUCGCGCCGUGAUCCGGAAUACGGCCGUCAACCAGGACGGCAAAACCCCUGGAUUGACCAUGCCCGGUCGUGCUGCUCAGGAGAGCAUGAUCCGAAGCGCUUACGAGAAUGCCCACCUCAACAUGAAGGACACCGGUUAUUUUGAGGCUCAUGGUACAGGGACGCCGGCCGGAGAUCCAAUCGAAGCGGGGGCUAUAGCAGCAACACUUGGAAGGGCUAGACCCCCCGGAAAUCCAAUAAUCGUUGGCUCAGUCAAGACGAAUAUCGGUCACCUGGAGAGUAGUAGUGGUAUUGCCAGCCUGAUCAAGACGAUCUUAAUCCUGGAAAAGGGCAUGAUUCCCCCUAAUUUUAAUUUUCAAGAACCCAAUGACAAGAUACCUCUUGAAGAAUGGAGGAUCCGCGUUCCACAACGGCUUGAGCAAUGGCCAACCACUGGCCUGCGACGAGCUUCAGUUAACAGUUUUGGAUAUGGCGGCACCAACGCACACGUGAUUCUUGAUGAUGCAUACCAUUAUCUCUCCUCUCGGGGGCUGGAUGGCUUAAAUAGCACAACUGUGCUUGAUCACCCCAACGGAAGGUGUCCCGUCAAUGGAUCUCGCGGCCUCAAUGGGUUUCAUGGCACCAAUGGACAUGGAACUAUCUCUGGCCUCCCAGUAAACUCUACCACCACUGGACGGAAGAGAGUCUUUGUAUUGAGCACACGACACAGCAAAUCAACAAGGACAUUAGCAUACAAUUUGAAGACGUACGUCAGCCAGAACACAAGUAUAGAGCAGGAGCAAUUUCUCGAUGACAUGGCCCACACGCUUUUCGCGCGACGCUCUACCUUGGAAUGGAGGUCUUCUAUCACGGCAGAUAGCUCUUCCACUUUGAUCUCCGCUCUGGAUGACGACGGACUAGAACCUCGCAUGGCACUGAGGAACCCUAAGCUUGGAUUUGUGUUCACGGGACAAGGAGCACAGUGGUAUGGUAUGGGCCGCGAGCUUAUACAAGCCUACCCAGUAUUUGCAAAUUCUCUUGCCAAUGCCGAGAAGUAUUUCACCAGCUUUGGUGCUCCGUGGCUACUUCUGAAUGAAUUAUUGCUGUCAGAACAGUCGUCUCGCGUUUCAAAGGCUUCAAUAGGACAACCUCUCUGCACUGCAAUUCAGCUUGCACUCGUAGAUUUACUGGCAUCAUGGAACAUUAAGCCUUCUGCGGUGACCGGUCACUCUAGCGGCGAAAUCGCGGCAGCCUAUGCGUCUGGCGCAUUGGAUUUCAAGGACGCUUUGAAGGUUUCGUUUUACCGUGGACAGCUGGCGAACACGAUUCCUGAAAAGGCUUCUCAUCUGAAAGGAGCCAUGUUGGCUGUUGGGUUGUCAGAGGAGAAAGCAAGAAGAAUCAUUAACCAGUUGGAGGGUAAAGGGGGCAAAAUGGUGGUAGCAUGUGUGAACAGUCCUUCGAGCGUCACUGUCUCUGGCGACGAAACUGCCAUUAUCGAAUUACAGGACAUACUGGAGGCACGAAUGAUCUUCAAUCGCAGACUAGUCGUCGACACUGCAUACCACUCCCAUCAUAUGGAAGUCAUCGCUCGGGAGUAUCUGGCUUCACUCUCUGACAUACAGCCACAGAAGACUUCAGAGUUCGUGCGUUUCGUUUCUUCAGUCACUGGCCGGCAAAUGGCAGGCAACGAACUGGAUGCGGCGUACUGGGUUCGGAACAUGGUCUCCCAAGUACGUUUUUCAAUGGCCCUUGAAUGCAUGUGCAUUCGGCCUGCCGAAAAGCAACUCGGUCAAAGCUGGUCAAAAUACGCAGUGGAUAGUAUCGUCGAGAUUGGACCGCAUUCUGCACUGGCAGGACCAAUCAAGCAAACACUGAAAUCAGACAAAUUGCAGGAUGCGAGAAUCAGGUACCUCUCUGCUCUAGUUCGAGGAAAGGAUGCUUGUACGACAGCUUUGGACGUGGCUGGGACGCUGUUCACCGAAGGCUUCUCAGUCGAUCUGACCUCAGUCAAUUUCCCGCAUGGCAGAGGUAAGAGAAAUGUUCUUGUGGAUCUGCCAUCCUACCCCUGGAAUCAUGGAACGAAGUACUGGGAUGAAUCUCGCCUUAGCUCUGAGUACCGCUUGCGAAAGCACCCUCGUCAUCCUCUUUUAGGUGUACCUGCUCCAGACUACAACCCGCUGGAACCCAGAUGGCGGAACGUCAUCCGUCUAUCAGAAUUUCCCUGGCUUAGAGGGCAUGUUGUACAGUCGAGUAUUGUGUACCCAGCAGCGGGAUAUGUUGCCAUGGUAAUCGAAGCAGCUAAACAACGACAUGUUGGAAGUGGACGUAAGGAUCACAUCCUCAAGUAUGGAUUUCGCGAUGUCAACGUUGGCAAAGCUCUCGUGAUACCCGACACCCCAGAAGGCGUCGAAUUAAUGUUGAGCAUACGGCCAUACGCACGCACAGCCCGUGAUUCUUCUGACACAUGGGACGAAUUUCGCAUCUUCUCAUUUGCAGAGAAGGAAGGCUGGAGCGAGCACUGUCGAGGUCUUAUCUCGCUGCAAUUCAAGGCUGGUUCUGCUGACUUCGAAGGCGACCGCGAGACGCAUUUCGCUGCCAUGAAACAUGCGGAUAAGUUUUCGAAGGCAGAAGCGCACUGCAAAGCGGUUUUGGAACCGAAAGAACUUUAUGAAGGGUUGGCGAAUCUUGGUCUCGAAUACAGCGGUGUCUUCACCGGCGUUGUGAGCAUACGAGCUCAGCCAAACGAGUCACUUGUUGUUGUGCAGAUUCCUGAUACCAAGAGCAUGCUGCCUGGAAACUUUGAACAACCUCAUGUCUUGCAUCCUGCAACAUUAGAUGCUUGCUUUCAGACCAUAUUCUGUGCGAUGAUGAAAGGGGUCGGGAUUACUGACACAUUAGUGCCCACAUUCAUCGAGGAAUUAUCUGUCUCUGGGAAUAUCAUCAGCAAGCCAGGUCACGAAUUCAAAGUCUUGUCUUCCACUACUGCCUCAGGGUUGCGUGGACUCAAGGCAGACCUUGUUGUCGCAAACGUCUGUUCCACAGGGCUACCACUCAUCAGUAUACAAGGACUGAAAUGUACCGCUCUUCUCGGAGGAGGGCCAAAUGAAACCCUUCCUACCAGCCAAGAGAAACGAAUGUGCCAUAAGCUCAAAUGGCUACCAGAUCUGGAAUUUCUAGAAGCAACGCAGAUUAAAGAGCUGUGCAAGAAGAACUUGUCAGAUGAAUCACACGCAGAUAUGCUCUGGGUGCUCAACGCAGUUACAGAUCUCGCGAUCCGGGAUACACUCAAGUCACUUGAAGGAUGGGACAAGACUCUGUUAUCACUACACCAUAAGCACAUGUACGAGUGGAUGACAAAGUACGCCAACGAGUCACCAGCACACCCCGGGUCUAAAGCUUGUGAUUUACGAAGACGUGCAGAGACAUUUGGAUCUCAUGGUGAAAUGACCCUGCGCAUCGGUGACAAUCUCACUGCCAUCCUCAAAGGGGAAAUUGAUCCCUUAUCUGUGAUGAUGGAAAAGAACCUUCUUUAUCAAGUCUACGCAGAUGAGAGCUCACGCCGCUGCCACGUCCAGAUGAUUGAAUAUGUGGACAUGUUAGCACAUAAACACCCUGAUAUGAAGGUCCUCGAGAUCGGUGCGGGCACCGGCGGGACAACAUUGCCUAUUUUGAAGGCUUUCGGAGGGGGAUCGCCUGGAAGCGGCCCUGCCCGUCUGGGUCAUUUUGACUUCACUGAUAUAUCGAGCGGCUUUUUCGAGAAAGCAGAAGAGCUAUUGAAGCCGUGGGAGGGGCUUGUCAGUUUCAAAAAACUAGAUAUCGAGAAGGACACCAAGGCUCAGGGUUUUGAGGACGCCUCCUACGACUUGAUUGUCGCUAGUAACGUCCUUCAUGCCACAGCAGUAAUGGAUGUCACCAUGUCGAAUGUCAGGAGACUUCUCAAACCAGGUGGGAAACUGAUGCUCUCAGAGAUUACACGACCAACCCCAUACAUCGGCCUUGUCUUCGGCACCCUCCCAGGCUGGUGGCUGGGCGCUCCGGAUGGACGAGUCGAUUCGCCGCUCAUGAACGAGGAAACCUGGGAGGCCACUCUGCUCCGGAACGGUCUCACUGGACUUGAUCUUUGCCUGCAAGAUUAUCCUGCAGAAAACUGCAAAUACGCCGUUACGAGCGUGAUCGUCUCGUCUGCUAAGCCGGUCACUCCUCAGCCUGCUUUUUCACCUGUUGAGUUGAUCUAUGGACAAAGGUCUGCUUCAAUCAGUAUUCCCUUGGCGAAGCUUCUCAACGCCAACCUGACGACACUAGAAGAAACAUCUGCUACUGGAAAAGUGUGCGUGGUCUUACCAGAAAUGCAUGAACAUAUCCUAAGCUCCGGUAGCCCAUCUCAAUUUGGGGCUAUUAAAAACAUGCUUUCGACCGCCAAAGGUGUGCUCUGGGUCACACAAGGAGCUGCUAUGGACUGUACAGCUCCCGAUAACAGCCUUAUCACUGGUCUUGCUCGGACAGUGAGAAAUGACAAUGAGGCUCUUAGACUCGUUACACUCGACCUGGACCCUGACAGCGGACGUUCCGACGCUGAAACCGCUGAGAUUAUCUACAAUAUCUACAAAUCCGCUUUCAAUGACGCUACGCAAUGCGAGAGUCAAGAUUCGGAAUUUGCUGAGCGUGGUGGUAAAGUUUUCAUUCCUCGACUGGUCGAGGAUUCGGAACUGAACACCUAUUUGAAAGCGAGCACUACUGUCCGGGAUCCAGAAGUUCAGCCUUUCUUCCAAGAGGGACGAGCUCUGCAUCUUGAGGUUGGCCAACCCGGUCUUCUUGACAGUCUACGAUGGGUAGAUGAUGAGACAGUCCUGCUUCCACUUGCUCCGGACGAGAUAAGGUUGGAGCUCAGAGCAGCAGGUAUCAACUUCCGUGACAUAAUGAUUUCACUUGGACAGCUCGAAGGGACAUCGAGGAUGGGCGGAGAGUGUGCCGGUGUUGUGACGGAUGUCGGAAGCAACAUGACCAAGAAGUUCAAGGUCGGUGACCGUGUCUGUAGCUGGGGAGCAGGUGCUUAUGCCAGCUCUGCUCGUGUCCAUGGCCCAAGUGCGCAGCAUAUCCCUGAUGAUAUGAGCUUUGAAACUGCCGCCUCGUUGCCGAUUGUCUACACCACAGUCUAUUACUCCCUGGUUUACCUUGCUCGUCUGCAAAAGGGAGAAACGAUCCUGAUUCACUCCGCCGCUGGAGGAGUUGGCCAAGCAGCGAUCAUGCUGUCGCAACAUAUUGGUGCCAAGGCGUUCGUCACAGUUGGUAGUGAGGAGAAGAAACGUUUCCUCAUGGACAACUACCAUGUCCCCGAGGAACGCAUCUUUUCCAGCCGACAGACCACAUUUGGUGAAGGUAUUAAGCGGUUGACGGGUGGGAAAGGGGUUGAUGUCGUGCUCAACUCCCUCACUGGUGAGGGAUUCAGGGAGACGUGCAACUGCGUAGCCUACUUUGGCCGCUUCAUUGAGAUAGGCAAACGAGAUGUGCUUAUGAAUGCACGCAUGGACAUGGCCCUUUUUGAUAAGAACGUUACGUUCUCUUCCGUUGAUCUGACGAAAGUUUGCGAUCACGACGUCAACCUUGCUGGGAGAUUAUUCAAAGAGGUGUUUGACUUGAUACGGCAAGGUUCGGUUGGAGCUGUAAAGCCAGUUACCAUUCUACCCCUGUCUGAGAUCGAGACUGCUUUCCGCCAGAUCCAGGCUGGCAAGCAUAUGGGUAAGAUCGUGCUUCAGGCUCAGCCAGAUGUUCAAGUCAAAGUCAUUCCUCGCUCCCCUGCGUCCGUGAAGUUUGACGACAACGCUUCCUACUUAAUCGUUGGUGGCCUUGGUGGUCUAGGCCGGGUUAUCUGCAAAUGGAUGGCCAGCCUGGGUGCAAAGAACAUCAUCAUCCUUAGUCGAUCAGGAGUGAAGGGUUCUGCUUCUGUUACUGUCGCAAAAGAGCUGAAGGAGGCCGGCGUCAACUUGGCCGUACACGCCUGCGAUAUUGGUGAUUAUGCUCAAGUCAAAGCUGCUUUGGAUAUCUGCGCAAAGAAUAUGCCACCGAUCCGUGGUGUGAUCCAAGCAGCCAUGGUUCUGAAGGAUUCAACGCUUGAGAACAUGACCUACGAGGAUCUGCACACUGCUCUUCGGCCCAAAGUUCAAGGAACCCUGAACAUCCACAAUCUCGUACCCCAAAAGCUCGACUUCUUCAUCACGCUCUCCUCAGGCGCCGGCAUCGUUGGCAACCAUGGCCAAGGCAACUACGCCGCAGGUUCAACGUUCCAAGACGCUUUCGCCCGCCAACAAGCCGGCAAGGGUCUCCCCGUCCGCUCCAUCGAUCUCGGGAUGGUCGAGGGCGCCGGCUACGUCAGCGAGAACCUCACCUCGAUGACCUUCCUCCAGAACCAAGGUUUCGUCCCCGUCGCCCUCAGCGAGCUCCUCGCGACCUUAAACUACGCCAUCACCAGCCCCCCUUCAGACAUCGACUCCUCCCAGCUAAUCGUCGGGCUCCAACGUCCCGACGCCGCCACCGCCGAUUCCACGAGCCUCUUCUCCCGCGAUCUCAAAUUCUCGCAAUUCGUAACCCUCGCCUCCUCGGGCCCCAGUAGCCCCUCCAACACCAGCUCUCAAACCUUCGACGUCCAGAAAGCUCUCAAGGAAGCCUGCUCCCAGCAGAGCGCCGGCGACAUCAUCGCCAACGCCAUCCUCGCCAAGCUCUCCAAGGUGCUGGCCGUGCCGCUCCAAGAUCUCAGCGCCGCGCAGUCCAUCGCGCACUACGGCGCCGACUCCCUCGUCGCGGUCGAGCUCCGCAAUUGGUUCGCGAGGACCCUGGAGGUGAAUAUUCGGAUCCUGGAUCUGUUGAGCGCGACGCCGAUUAAUGAGCUGGCGGCCAACAUGGCGACGCAGUCGAAAUUGGUGGAUCCGGCUUUGUUCGUUAAGGCGGCUUGUUAG